AUGACGUCCAGCCGCAGCGCGCCGCUCCUCCUCGUGCUCGCGCUGCUGGCCGCCGGCGUGCAAUCCGCUCCCACCGCUGCAGCGCCGGUGGACACGGUGGCCGACUCCUGCGACCUGAUCCGCGACUUCGUGGACUACACCUUCUGCGUGACGGCGCUGCGGUCCGCCGGCCCGGGCGCGUCGACGGCGGACCGGCACGCGCACCUCCUCAUCGCGGCCGACCUCGCCGCGGCGCGCGGGGCGUCGGCGCGCGACGCCGCGGACGCGAUGGCGCGCGCUGAGCGCGACCCGGCGGCGCGCGACGCGCUGGAGGCGUGCGCCUUCCUGUACGGGGCGUCGUCGGUGCCGGCGCUGCGGUUCCUGCGCGGGUACGCGGCGGUGAGCGCGUGGGACCGGGCAUGGGACCUGCUCCAGCUCACAGGGCAGGCCGGCAUCGGGUGCGAGGCGGCGCUGGACGAAGCGCCGCAGGCCAAGGGGAGGAUGGCGGCGGCGAACAAGGAGUUCCAACAGCUCAACGCCAUGAGCACGGCGCUCUUCAACAAGAUCGCUGUACGGCACGGCUAG